UUACGUAAAUUUUACGGAGAAUGUACGAUUAAUUUAUAGUAUAGCAGUAACAAAAGUUGUGAAAUAAGUAUAGAAAGUUAUAUAAAAAAAAAGUUUAAAUUUGCAGGAAAAUCCUGUUUAGUGUCUACCUGUUGAACAUAUUAAAUUUGUCUGUAUUAGUCAUAACAAAAGUAAAAAAAACAAGCAUAAAAGUAAUAUAAAAAAAGAAUCAGGAAGAUACAGUACAAUAAGAAGAAGAAAAUAAGUAGAGUACAUAUCAUAUACAUAGUUUAAGCUCAGCACGUAAACAUCUGACGAUUGAGUGUAUUUGUAAAUCGAGGAUUUUACCCUUAAUCAUCAUCAUCAAGCGGAUAAGUUUGCGGAAAUAUCCACAGAACAUAAAAGAUGCGUCAUAAGAAUGAUCAAUUCGAAGAAAUUGGCAAGCUUAUAAAUAAUUUUGAGACUGAAGAUGUCAUCAUCCAAUCGAUGAAAUUAAAGGAAAUCCUUAAAAUUUUUACUAAAAACAUUGUGGACGAUAAGACUUUAAGUGAUUUAUUUGACUUCCUCAACACAAAAGCACUUCAAGACGAUGGCUUCAUAACAAAAUUCGUUUGCGUUCUUUGUACUCGCCAAAUGGAAGCGUUUACAGCAAAUGGCAAGUCAUCGAGAAAUGCAUGCAUCGAAAUCUUGCAAAAGAACUUUCAGUGUGCUGACCAUUAUAAACGUGAUGAUGUCAAUAAAUUUUAUAAUUCUUUGAAAUUGCUCGGCGAAUACUUCAAUAAGGCCAGAAAUGCUAAUGGAAGUCCAAUAAAUAUUUUGGGACAAUCACUGCUGAAUCUCCUGAAUUUGGAACUUGAAAAGGAGCUCAAAACGCUCUUUCAUUUAAAAAAUGACAGCUUUAGUGAACUUAUUCUAACUCAGAUGGCUCUUAAUGGAAAUCUCUUGAAAAAUCGUCAUAAAACAGAAAUCGAAUCAAUGCUGAUGAACACAAGGAAGUGCCUAAUUGAAAUAAAUUCAUUGUCAUCCAAGACGAAAGCCUUUCUUAUCAUGACACUCGAUCUCUAUUACAGUAACUUUAAUGAUGCGAAUUUAGAAAAGUCUAUAGAAAAGAUUUACGAACCGUAUUUGCUGGAAUGUGCUAAUAAAAAUAUUUCAAAGGAAAUUAAAAAAUCUGAAGAGCCAGAAAAAGUAAUAAAAGUCACCAGUAAGCUUCAACAGCCAACAACGUCACAAAAAUCAACAGUAUCAAGCGAGAGGAGGUACGAAAGACAACCAAGUGUUGCUAAAACUGUUCCAGUUAAGCCAAUACGACCACCAUUAAGGAAAUCUGAGCCUGUUCAACACUCAAAUAGCUACAAUUCAAAUAAUAUCCACCAACAAACCCAACGAUCACAUUCAGUUCCUCAAACGAUCCAGCAUAAAUCACCACAAAAGAAAAUAUCACCAAAGGAAUUACGUACAAGAACUAACAGUAACAACAAGACAUCACCAAGAAAUGACAAAGUUUCAUCGUCGAAUAUAAGUCCAAGAGCAUUGCAUAGAGUCGAAAGUGCCAUUGAUAAAUUACAAAUCAAAAGUUCAAAUGAUAUAAAACAAACGUCAAACACAUCAGAACCUGUACCUCAAUCAGCAAAUGAUGAAAAUUUAAUUUUAAAGCAGCAAAAUUCCAAUGGAAAUUCAGCUGUAAAAUCAUCGAAAAAUUCAGGAACGAGCAAAGUGUAUUUUAAAGAAGAGAAUGUCGAGAAUUUAAGUUGGAAUGGAGAGACGUCUUUUGAAGAUCCCGAAAAUCCAGCUGAUCCAACAUCACCAAAUCAAUAUUCUAGCUCGUUCCUCAAUUUCUUAAGUAACAAUUAGACUAAAACUUUUAGAUUGUACAUAAAAACAUGAGUAAAG